AUGAAUACUACCUCAAAGCCCAAAACUAAUAACUUUAAAACGAUUUUGGAUCAGGUCUUAAAAAAAUACAACUUGACUAUCGAAUCCAAUCCAUCUCAAUUAUGCGAUUAUGCUAGCAAACUCGGUGUUAUGUUACCAGACUGGAAGGCUCGAAAAAGUAUGAAAGACUUGCUUCAUCGACGUUCAUUCAGUAAAGAUCAGAUCAAGGCUCUUGUACCGGAUAAAAGGAAUGAAAAACUUACCAUCAAGGAAAGAGCUGAGUAUUGCGCUAAAAGUGGUGAUCCAUUUGAUAUAUUAGCUAAUACUUUAGAUUUAAUAAAGACAAAAAACAAUAGCGAUAAGGAAAAAGUUGCUUCCAGUUCACGACUUACAUUAUUCCGUAAGGAAUUGGCAGAAGCUGGAGCCGAUCCCAAAAAUAUUCUAUUAGCUAAGAACCCAACUACUACUGAAGAAUCUAACGAAAUUCAGAAAAGACAACUCGUACAGAGAUUAGCUAAUCCGCCUAAAACUCCUAAGCACUUCUCCUUAGAUGAGGGACUUAGAAGAAUUCAAAAUAUCGACACUACUAAAAUUCCCACUAUGCAAGAUCUUGCGGAUGUAAUCAUAAUGUUAAGCAUGAGACCUGCUGAAGUUACCACUCUUCGCAUUAUCCAUUACGAAGAAUCAGACUAUCUAAAAUGGUACAAACCCGGCUAUUCUUGGUAUUGUACAGGAUACGCUAAAAAUAAGUGA